AUCGGAUUUAUCAGUUUGCGAUACGGAUCAAAAAGAAAAGGCCAUAGAUGAAACAUUUUGUUUGAGCGUCGAUCAUUUGGGAGCUCCCGUCGAUAUUUACAGUGAUCCCGAUUACAAAUUAAAAUGCAUCGGAUUUUGGAAAGAAAAUUUAAAAUCUUAUUUGAUAACCUACGACGAAUUGGAUGCUUUCAGCAAGUACAGAUGUUGGGUCUAUCAAAGAGCGGAUUUAAAUAGAGUUUUAAUGUCGGAAUCUAUCGGGGCUUAUUGCCAUCUUAAACAGGAUGUGACGUCAUGGAAUUACACCGAGGGUGCUGCCGUUGCCAUCGAAAUGCAAGAAUACGAAAGAGAAAGAGAUCAGUGUCCGAUGCAUUUCGACGACGGAACGAAUCCUUGGUUGCUGUCGGAAAACACUUUGAAAAUAUUAAUAUAA